UUUAUUUCACAGCCUGGGUUGAAAGUUGAAACUUUUCACAACACCACGUACACAUGUGUGGCUAUGCCCUGCAGAUUUCUAACGCUAAAUUGUAAUUUUUAGUUAGCUAGACAUUAACAUUAAUGGGUAUUUCUGUAAGGAAACAAAAUGCGUAAUUUAAAGUUGCUGAAACGUCUUCGGUGUACGGAGCUGGGCGGUCCGGGAACUCCACAGUGCUUGUCGAUAAGGACCGACACCGGCUCUUUACUAAUCUGUUCGGAAUAUUCCGUGACAGAGUUUGACCCACGAGCUGGACAUGUGGUAAAUGAAGUUUCACUGACAGCGGCGAACUACCUCCCGGAAGAUGGCAGUGGGGUUGUGAUUGGUGUCCAGGAUUUACCGGACCAGGAGUCUGUGUGUGUAGCAACCGCCAGCGGUGACGUCAUCUUGUACAACCUCAGCACCAGCGAGCUUGAGUGUGUUGGCAGUGUGGAAAGUGGGCUGACCUCCAUGACCUGGAGCCCUGACCAGGAGCUGGUCUCUCUUACCACCGGUCAGGAGACCAUUAUCAUGAUGACCAAAGACUUUGAACCUAUCACAGAGGUCAGCAUCCACCAGGAUGACUUUGGAGAAGGGAGGUUCAUCACCGUGGGCUGGGGGAAAAAGGAGACUCAGUUCCAUGGAUCGGAGGGCAAACAGGCAGCUCAGAGGAGAAGCACAGAGGUUCAGCCGGCCGUGGCGUGGGAUGACCGCCGGCCCCGGGUGACGUGGCGAGGGGACGGCCAGCUGUUUGCCGUCGGGGCGGUGUGCCCGCGGGGCGGGGCCAGGAAGGUGCGCGUGUGGAACCGGGAGUGUAUCCUGCAGGCCACCAGCGAGCCCGUCAGCGGCCUGGAGCCCCCGCUCAGCUGGAAGCCUUCGGGUAGUCUUCUGUCCUCCACCCAGCGUCACCCUAACAAGCACAGCGUUGUGUUUCUGGAGAAGAACGGGCUGCUUCAUGGAGACUUCACCCUGCCCUUUGGUAAAGACCAAACCAAGGUGAAGGAGCUCAUGUGGAACAGUGACUCGACGGUGCUGGCUGUGUGGCUGGAGGACAUGACUGCAGGAGAGGGUGGACAGGUCAACACGUACAUUCAGCUGUGGACCGUGGGGAACUACCACUGGUACCUGAAGCAGAGCCUGCACUUUGGCAGCGACCACCAGAGGGCGCCAGCCUGCGUGAGCUGGGACCCUGAGACGCCCCUGAGGCUGCACCUGGUGACCCGGGGCUGGGAAGCCCUCACCUACGACUGGGGCUGGAGCACCGCCCGCAGCAGCGGCCUGGACGCCACCGACAACGCCAGCGUGGCAGUGAUCGACGGAGACAAGGUCCUGGUGACGGCGUUCCGUCACAGCGUCGUCCCCCCGCCCAUGUGUGCGUACGAGCUGCCGCUCCCCGCCCCCGCCAACCAUGUGACCUUCUGCUGCCAGGCCCAGAGGACCAAUCAGCUGGCAGUCCUAACUGCUGACGGACACAUCACGGUCUACUGCCAAGGUGCAGGAGAUACAACUGGCUCUGGGACUGGAGGAGGAGCCUUCAGAACUACAGUACGCCCCCUUGUACUGAAGACCACUUACAGGGUUGAGGUGGACCAGGAGGAGCCCUUGGCCCUGAGACUGCUGCUGUGGCUGGGGGAGGAGAAGAGCUCCCUGGGGCUGGAGGUCUUCCUGGGGGUGUGCUGUGGAGAGACGCCAGGCUCGUCCAGACUGCUGUGUCUCUGCCCCUCUGAGGAGCAGCCAGCCACGCUCAGCAUCAGGUCUCAGGUGGCGGUGGAGGCUCAUGUGAUCAGCAUGUGUCACAGCAACCAGACUGGCACCGUGGCUCUGCAACUGGAGGACGGGCGGAUCAGGAAGUUCCUCUGGGACUGCUCGGUGUCGUCGGUGGUGGAGUGGCUGGACUGUACAGGCUGCAGGGUGAACCUCCCCAGUCCCUGUGUCCACAUAUCCCUGGCCAGCAUCAGUCACCAGGAGCAUUUGUUGGGGCUGACAGACCGAUCUCACUUCUUCAUUGGAGACACAGAGGUGGCCUCCAACGUUUCUUCUUUUGUGGUUCAUGAGGACUUCCUGUUGCUCACCACACACUCUCACAUGUGCAGGUGCCUCCGACUGAGCAUGCUGACCGUCAAAGGGCUGCAGGAGGCUCUGGCGCUGGAGGGAGGCCAGAACGACGAGACCCUGCGGAGGGUGGAGAGAGGCUCCAGGAUCGUCACCCUGGUCCCCCACGACACGCGCCUCAUUCUGCAGAUGCCUCGUGGGAACCUUGAGACCCUCCACCAUCGAGCGCUCGUAUUGGCCCAGCUCAGGAGGUGGCUUGAUUGUCAGAAGUUCAGGGAGGCCUUUGAGUGCAUGAGGAAACUAAGGAUUAAUCUCAACCUCAUUUACGACCACAACCCCAAGUUGUUUCUAGAAAGUACCGAGACCUUCCUGAAGCAGUUGGACUCCAUCAGUCACAUCAACCUGUUUCUCACCGAACUCAAGGAGGAAGACACCACCAGCACCAUGUACCCCUGCCCUGUGAGCUCUCCUGACAGACCAGCAGGGGGCGCCAGCAGGAACAAGGUCGACACGGUCUGCGACGCUCUACGCAACACCAUGGAAACCAUGGACCAGCACAAGUACUGUCUGUGUAUCUUGACGUCUCAUGUGAAGAAGACUGUUCCUGAGCUGGAGACUGCCCUGCAGAAAGUCCACGAACUACGAGUGAACACGCCUAGUGCUGCCAACGUAGUGAGCGCCGAGGAAGCUCUGAAGUACCUGCUGUUCCUGGUUAAUGUCAACGAGCUGUACGAGCACUCUCUGGGAACCUACGACUUUGAUCUGGUCCUCAUGGUGGCGGAGAAAUCUCAGAAAGACCCUAAAGAGUACCUGCCGUUCCUGAACAUGUUGAAGAUCCUGGAACCCAACUACCAGCGCUACACCAUCGACAAACACCUGAAGAGAUACACGAAGGCCUUGCAUCAUCUCAGCAAGUGUGGUGAGGAACACUUCACGGAGGCUCUGAACCUUGUGAUGGAUCAGAAGUUGUUCAGCGAGGCCCUGGGGCUGUACCCAGCAGACAGUCCUCAGUACAAGGCCGUGAGCUGUGCCUACGCCGAGCACCUGGUGGAGCAGGGCCAGGCGGGCCAGGCGGGGCUGCUGCUGUGGCGCUGCGGGGAGACGUCCCGCGCCCUCCAGGCCUUCGUGGGAGGCACCAGCUGGAGACACGCCCUGUGUGUGGCCCAGCAGAUCCCCCUGCCCUCCGACCAGCUGGCCCUGCUGGCCCGGGACCUGGCAGAUAAACUGAUGGAGCAGAGGAGAUAUACAGAGGCUGCUGUUCUGCUGGAGCAAUAUGCAAAGGACUGCGAGGAAGCCAUCUCAGCGCUGAUCACAGGGGCAGUCUGGGAAGAAGCUCUGAGACUGGUGUACAUGUACAACAGGCAAGACAUCAUCGAAACGAAUCUCAAACCAGCUCUUCUGGAGGCGUUCAGUUCCCACAGCUCCUUCCUGGAAGGCCAGAGGGCUGUGUUCUCUCGUCACAAGGCCCGCCUGGCUGUGGUUCGAGAGCUGAAGGAGAAGGCUAAGAUGGAGUUACUAGAUGAGGAGCUGGCAGACUGUCCUGAUGCUGACCUCUUCUCUGAGGCCAGCAGCGUGAUGACAGGAAGUCAUGCCGGCUCCAAAUACUCCCACAGCAACUCCAGGAUCUCCUCGAGGUCGUCUAAGAACCGCAGGAAGGCGGAGCGUAAGAAGCUGAGUCUGAAGGAAGGGAGCCCCCUGGAGGACGUGGCGUUGCUGCACGCCCUGGCAGAGAGCCUCCACACGGUGGACAAGAUGAGAGAGGAGAUCCACAGCCUGCUGAAGGCGCUGGUGCUGUUCCAGUGUGAUGGGCAGGCUGGGAGGCUGCAGCAGGCCUACGGAGACACACUGCAGCUGAUGGAGACGGCCCUGCCUGAGGUCUGGCAGGAGGGCCAGCAGAGCCACGCUCCGGUGACGGGUCCAAACUCGACAGCAAACAGCAUCAUGGCAUCUUUUCAACAACCGAGACCAGUAGCACCCCAGCAAGAAGCAGAGACUAUGGCUCCCCCAAAGAUGAGAAAUGGUGUCAAGUGGAAGCUGACAAUUCUGAAAUAACAUGUAUUCAUUAUUUGUUUAUUUUAUUUUUGGGGGGGUCGACGGAAUUCUUAAGAUGAAAUGUAAAAAUAAAUAUAUUAAAGGGUGUUGUGCAGUGUGUCUUCAGUUAGGGUUAGAUUGAUAGACCGUUUAGUUUCUGAUGAAUUUAACCCAACAAACCCUCGGGCCUUUUCGUGUGGUUCUCUCACCCGUCCAACAGAAUCCGCGAGGGCGUCUUCUCUCCUGCGAACGCUGGUUUCAAAUAACCUCCAUCAACGUCCGGCCAUUUCUACAUCAAGUGCGCGAUGUUCCUCAAUAUCUUUCAUUAUCGAUUAUUUUGCCCCGCAUAUUUUCGUAGUGUUGCAGUACUCAACAGGAUCCACUAGAUGGCGCCAGUGGCCAGUUGUUAAAUAAGAGCUCUUCAAGGUGGAGUAGAAUCUGUUGUUUGAAUUUGCAGUGUUCAGAUGUCUUGUGCACAACCGAUACUGACAAGGUUGGAAAAAGUAAAAGUUUGUUUGGGUUUUAACAGAAAGUGUGGCCUGU